AAAACUUUCAAUAAGUUGUACUUCUAAGUUGUACCCACGUCGUGCCUUGAUUGCAUUAUGCAAAUUAUGGGAUAGUUCGACUGGACAGGUGUCCCUAGUUGACAAACGAUUGGUUUAACAAAUAGUUUGGCUCGAUUCUCAAGACCACCAAUUUACCAGCCACUCGGCGAUGAGACUCUGCAAAASGCUUGCUUCAUUUUUAUAAUAUUUUAACACUAUAUUUUCACACCUUCAUUGGCAAUGAACGAUACUGAGUGCCUUAUUAAGGAGAAAUCCUUUCCUUUUAUAAUCCUUGCUGUGUUGUGCUCUCUAUCAGGAUUGGUUGCUGUAUUCGGAAAUGUCCUAGUGCUAUUAGCCAUAUAUACCACUCGUAGCCUUAGGACAACAUCAAAUCUGUUUAUAGCAUCGCUAGCAGCGUCUGACUUGCUGGUAGGUUCGAUAAUGGACCCCAUACUUGCUGUACGUACAAUACGAUACAGCUACUUAGGUAAACAAGCCUUAACCGAUCCUCAUCACCCGUUUAAGGUUGCUAUCGACUUCUUGUGGAUUCAGGCGGUUGUGGUAACAACUUUUGGACUAAUGGCAGUGAGUGUUGAUCGAUAUGUUGCUAUAACUAAGGUUUUUGUAUACGAAGCUUUCUUCACAACAAAACAUUGUAUAUAUUUGAUCAGCAUUGUCUGGCUGUUUUCUUUUUUGUUGGCUUCUUUGAGGCUUUACGUUCCUGUGUCUAAUAUCGGAGCACUAUGGGUCGCUAUAGCCGUCAUUUCCUGRGGCAUCCCUUUUUCAGUCACUUUGUAUUGUUACUUCGGAAUUUUUCGAGCUGCAAGGAAACAGCUUAAAAGAAUCGUGAAUGAAACAACUACAAAGACAUCUAAGGAAACAAGACGACUUGAAGAGGCACGUCACCGGAAAACCGCGUGGACAAUUGGAAUUGUUAUUGCGUUGUUUUUCUUUUUGUGGUUUCCAAGUCUGGUUGUUGCAGCAGUUAACUUAACUCUUCCAGAUGGCUGUAAAAAAACGUACUUUGCGCAAACCGUUUGGAUAUGGAUCGAAUGGAUUGCUUAUCUGAGUUCUGCUGUGAACCCAUGGGUCUAUUCCAUGAGAAGCGCUGAAUUUCGAACGGCUUGUAAACUAAGUUUYGGCCUUCAAAGAGCUAGAGUCAUUCCGGAAGAGAUGAUCUCGKGGUCCAAGGCAAGACCMAGCGUCAUUGAUAAUGCUGGUAUUCCUGGAGUUGCCUCUAUAAACUUAAGCACUAAUACACUGAAUGGUUACCCCACAUCUAAACGAUCGGACGACAAAAACUCGAAUUAUCUUCUCCCUCCAGUUUCAUAACCUGUUUGCCAUGAUUAAUUUGUAAAUGAAGCAUCCAGAAUGUUAUAGUUUUAAAUGGGUUUUCAGUCACACAACUGCCAUUCGCUUUGUCAGUUCAACUAUAAUGUCAUUUAAAAUGAAACGACUCAGAAGGCCGCAAUGCUAAGUCUCUAGGCUAGAGGUUUACAUAGCAAAUUAGCCAGUGUAAGGAUGAGUUUAUAAAGUUGUGGCCGAGUCGUAAGCAACAUCCAAGACUGAAAGGUUUAAUUUAGUGGAUUAAAAACUAUGAGAGUAA